AUCCUAUAUUGCAACGGCUACUUUUUCAUCUUACAACCAAAGGGUAUACUGGUCGGUCAAAACUCAAAACUACUUUCUCAUAUGAAAGUAUGGGCGGUCCAAUGGUGAUGGUGAUUGAAUAUUUAGAGUCGUCAAUGUCCAAACGUCUUCUCUGCAAAUUCCCCGACAACUCCGCUUACGAUUUCGACUAUUCCCAGAGCUCCAUUUGGUCCCCUUUGGUUCCUCCUCCUCUGUCAUCUUCCAACGACCGUACUCUCAGUUUGGGUCUUUCCAGAAAGUUGUCGUACGAGGAAGAAGCAGCCGCCAGCGGCGGAGUCAUCGGCUGUAUCAAGAGGAAGUUCUCUAAUGUUUUGUUUGAUAAUCUGAAAAUACACCACAAGUUGAAGAAAAGAAAAAGGAAGGGCUUUGAUUUUUCUCCUGUCCCAUCUUCUUCUAAGCUUGCCACCACUACUACAACGCCAAGAAAGGGAUGGGCUAAGGUGCUGAAAGCAGCUUCAAAACAUUUCAAGAAGAAGAGCAAAAAGAAAGAUUCCAUAGGUCGUCUUAAUCUUUCCAACUGUUUAACUGAGAAUAGUCUUUCGCGCAGUUCUGCAUAUCCAUAGUGUGUGUAAGUUUUACCCUUUGAUGUCCUCUGUAAUCAGCAGAUAUAUAUAUAUUGCUGAGGAGGGCAUCUUUUGACGUGCUUCACGAGUUUUUAUGCUGUCUUAACUUGUACUUUGAUUAAUCCAUGCGAUGGCAAUUUACCAUUGUUGGUAGCAAAAUUGAUAAAUUAGCUUUACAAGCAGUCUAAUUUGUUAAGCGCUGCCCAACAGUUUGAGAAUAUUUGAUACUGGAUUUGAGAAGAAAAAAAAAAUAGAAAAUAGAUUGGAUUCGAAUUUUAGUG